GUCCCAUUGGGGAGAUUCCCCUUCAUUUCCUGUCCCAUAGCCAAAACAGGAAAUGAGAGGAAAUCCCUCCAAAGUGAAGCAAUGUCAAUAAGGAAACCAGAACUAGUGUCCCCAUUGGGACAUUUCCCCACUAUUUCUGUUCUGGUGACAACCCAAAAUUUGGGAUUUUCUUUGACUUUCACCUUCGGGGGCGGACUGACAAGUCAUGGGGCCCCCUGGGCAAUAGGGGAUCAUGGGGCCCCUGUGUCCUUGCCCAAACUCAAAAAAGCCUAUGAAAAAGGUACCAGGGGUAUCUCAUGGUGCCCCCUACUGACCCCGGGCCCUUGGGCAGCGCCCGAGUUUCUAAAUGGUCAGUCUGCCCCUGGU